GGGGGGGGGGGUUCUGGGAACCCAAUUGUCGAGGCAGACACGAAGGACAUAAAAGACCUAAGGCUCUCGUCUUCCACCCCACUUCAGCCAGGUCCCAAUUCCCAACUUUGCCAGGUUCAAUUGCGCCGGCGUCGUCUCCUAUCGAUUAUGGCAGCAGCAGCAGCAACAUCAACCAUCACCAGAGUGCCCGUAGCCGCUUGUAGUAGCAUUUCUUUUUCUGAAACGAAAAGACGAAUUCAACCUACUCGACUGACAACUACCGAUAGAACAAGACUCCCAGCACAGCGAUUCUCUCGAACCCGGAUAUGUCAUUUCACGACAGUAUCGUGUCUCCCUCCUGCGCCGCUGCCGUUGUCCAAAACCCAUUUCAAUCCCUCCACCAGGCUCUUUGUCAGCGGGCUGUCGUUUCGUACCACAGAGGAGAGCUUGACAAAUGCCUUCAAAGCUUUUGGCGAGCUCUUAGAAGUGAACUUGGUAAUGGAUAAAAUCGCUAAUCGACCGAGAGGUUUUGCAUUCAUUCGCUAUGCUACGCAGGAGGAAUCUCAGAAAGCCAUUGAGGGGAUGCAUGGCAAGGAUUAUGUCUGCUUACUCCUUGGAUUGCAUCUGCUGGCACUACAACGGAAUCUCCGAGAGAGGUGAAGUUCUCAUCCGUCAUGAUGUUUUCAACCGUUAUUUCCAUUAGUUCCACCCGGUCCUGUUUGACAUCCUCCUUAGUUUGAGGACAAUCAAGUUGACAGUUGAGACUUGAAAAUAUGGUCCUCUUUUUCGGCUAAUGUAAUAUACCUCACAGUGGGCAAGUUAUGGCUUUAUGUGUAUGCCAACCAGGAAGUACUUGUAAACAUAGACACCUCUUGUUUGAGCGAUGCUGGUCACAUGUACUCUGUAUCUGACAAGGUAGGAUCAGGCUUUUAAUGCAAUAGAGUUUCAACUACUCAGUCAUUCAUCAGGCCAGCAGCCCUUUGUGGUCACCAUUAAGCACUCAAGUCUUGAUAGUCAACCCUUACCUUCCAC